AUGCCAUUGAAUGAAAGUGGAUGUUCAAAACAUUGGGUAUUGGAUCCAGUAUCAAGUUUAGUCGAAGAAAAUUCAACCUUAUCAUUUAUCAAUCCAACUUCGAUAGGAUUAUUAAAUCAUAUAAACAAUGAAUCAUUAUUGGAAUCACUCUUAUCAAUUUUAAUUGGAAUACUUUCAAUCCUAUCAAAAUCAUCACAACAACUCAAAGAUCCAAGAGGAGGAGGAGGAGUUGAAGAGUUGUAUUUGGAACACUAUGGAGAAUUAACAUUACUAGUAUCUCAACAACAAUCAUCACAACAACUCACCAGUUCAAUAUUUCAACACCACGUAUCAACAAAUAUUGAUCAAUUGGAUGCAGUUGUCAGAGAAAUAAUAUUAAAUACUGCUCUUCGACUCAAUAGAGCAGUAGAAAAGGUAUCUUUCAAGUCACACUAUAUAUUGGGUGAAUUGUAUUAUGAAAAAAACAAAUAUUUGGAGAGUCUAAGAUCGUAUUUGAUGGCAUUUGCAUUGCAAUCAUCAUUUUUUACCAAUACUCGUAAAGCCAUUGACCAACUAACAGACAUGUCAAGAAUUGUAUUUAAACUUUCCAAUUGUCUGAUACAACUUGGAUACCCAAUGCAAGCAGUUGCUGUCAAUCAAAUAUUACUACCAACCACUGCCACACAAUUACAAAAUCAAACCUUUUCUACUUGUUUCAAAAUCAUUCAAGAUCAUUUAAAUACUCUAGACUCUCUAUACUUUCAAUAUAUUUUUGAAAUACCAAUUUUAGAAUUAUUAAUUAACCAUUAUAAUAGAUUAAAAGAUACAAAGAAAUUAACUUUAUUGAAUCAACUUAUAUCAUCACCAAUUCUAAAUGAAUUUAAUCAUCCAGAUAUUAGAACCAAUUUCCAAAAGACAACCAAAAUUAAUUUAUUAAAAUCACUUGCUAUUGAUUUCUUAUUUAAUUAA